UAUAAGAUAGCCAUCACAGGAGCAUGGAAAUUUGAUGCUCUAGGACAAUGACAGAUCAUGCAGGCCACAGACUACAAUCGUCAACAGAUCUACCCCUUUCCAGCUUGCGAUUCUUGUCAUGCGCGGAAGGUCCGGUGCAAUCGAGGAUUACCAUGUAGCAACUGCCUUGAUCAAGGUCUUUCUUGUCAAAGACAGCGGAUCCGGCGACGUUUGCCGAAAAGAAUCCUAAACCCUAAAGUUCAGACGACGACUUCAGCAACAACCACCGUUCAGGCACUCGCCCCUAGUCGACUUGAGCAGGUCGCGUUGACUGAGACUGACAUGUCCAUUGAACGGUUUGGCUUACAGCAAGAACUAAAGACCUCAACUGGGAGAAUUGAAACAAGCAACACACCUGUACCCAGGUUAGAGGCAAAGCCUACAGGUAGUGAUCAGCCAAUACCAGCUGGUUGUGACUUGGCUGCGUGGGUGCCAUUAAAUCGAUCAAUCGAGACUCGCUUUGAAAUUCCGAGCCACAUGGGCAACUUCGAGCACGGCUUGGUCUGCAAAGCGCAGGAAGUGUUACGCUCAGCUUUGGUUCGUGCAACUCAUGCCCCUCAAGGGCUAAGACCACCCCUCCAGGACGAACGUGGCGUGCCUCUUGAGUUUCUGACUUGGAUGCUACAAGACAUCGGCAGUAACAAGUUUGGAAUAUACGUGUCAGAUUAUUUCAAACACGUUUCCAAGACCACCCUAAAGGGUAUGUGUUUAAGGCUGUUGUCCAACGAUGUCUCGAAUGACGAGAGAGACAUCUUCAGUGUCUGCGUCAACGCCGCUGCUCACAAAUUCCUAAUGACCGUUCUCAUGAUUGGGGAGCACGAUGACGAGCUCACCGACCAUCUGCGACUUCGGUCUGUCGAAUACAAAUCUGCCGCACAGGCAGCGUUAGGGCGCAUUCGACUCACGAUCACUCCUUCCUUCUCACUUCUUCAGGCCCUUCUUUGCGGGGUUUUCCUCCAUCAAGGCUCUGGCAACACCCACUUUUGCUAUGAACUGACUCGGACUGCUUGUCGGAUAGCCACUGACCUAGGAUUCGAUAAGGCGAGUCCUGACUCGGAGCGGAAACCCAGGACAGAGGAGGAAGUCUUCUGCGCUCUUUGGUGUUAUAUGCUAGAUAAGAAUUACGCGUGGAAGUUCGAACCUUCGCGAACCUUCUUCGAGAUCGAGCCCGGGAUGCUUGACGAUUAUGUUCAUGAUACAACCGCCGAUCUUCUGGCAAUCUAUAUUGCCAUGGCCCGAGUACAGGAUGACACAUUAUCAUUACUCAAGAACAUCCUGUCGAGUGCCUCACAUUCAGUGCAACUUCCCCCGCGCUAUUCCGUCGAAUCGCUAUUACAGAGAGUGGAUGAGAUUGAGCAACAAAUUGAGCAGAUAUCUGCGUCUUCGGCGCAAUGCUGGAUGGGCCUUGAUGCUGAGAACGAGAUUGCUGCCAUUCGCUUCGCGCACCACUCCAUCCGAACCACGAUUCUUUAUCUCUCUGACCAAUUUCAAGGGCGGGCCAUUGGGUCGGGAGACUUGCUCCUCCAAUCUGCUCGUCAAGAGCUAUCGUCACUGUUGUCUAUAUGUCUAAUCAACGAGAAAGACCGUGCCAUCGGCUUCCUCCAUUGGACAUUGACUUUUUACCCCUUGACCGCGUGUUUCGUCUUGUUCUGCAACGCCGUGACGACGUCAAAUCUGGGAGAUAUAAACCUUCUCAAGACUGUGGCGACGGUUCUUUUGCCCAGUAUCUCGAGUAGUCAUCACGUCACGGUCAUACAACGUCUCUUUGAGGAAUUCAUUGCCCUCUCGCAGUCGCUUUUCUCUGACAUGGAGAGCCGCGGGGGCAAUGCGGCCGAAGUCAGGGACGCCUCCACGCUUACCCAGGUGCGACCUUCGCAGUCUCACAACCAAAUCUUCCCUGCGGGCGACGCUGUCUCCACCGCUCAUCACCCUGGGACACUUGUUUGGGCCGACACAACGACCAAUUCCUUUCCGUCUGAUCUGUCUGAAACAUGGACCCCCAACGAGAGGGAGAGUUACCCUGCCUUUAUGGACCCUUCGAUCACAAUUCCCUUGGACUUCGAGUUCCCGGCCGAGUUCGCUGAUAUCAUGCCUGUGACUUCUGCUCAGUGACUUGCAUAGCUAUUAAUACCCGUUUUACCGAGAUUAUAUAUGCUGUACGUAUAGCUUCUUUGGCAGAUCACCUGCGUUCCCUGGAACCCCGCCAGGGGAACCAUGGAGAGAACUUACCUCCAAUCCAUCAGGUGUAAGGGCACAGCCCCUGAAGUCAAUGGAAUCGUGUUUCAAGAAGUAUCACUAUGAAACCAGUAUCUCUGGAUGCAUUCAUUGCUAAUUACACCCCAGUCACCUAUAACUGACACGCGGGAUAAUAAACCUAAGGAUGCGCAAAACGUGUGCGGUGCUAAACAACAGGUAGAGACGAGGCUCAAACCUAAAUAGUCUAUCAAGAACUGAGGGAUGUGGCUGAAUGAUCAAUUUCGCUAGCCAAGGCUCGCUACGGACGGGACUAUGUAUUAUCGUGCGGCGAGGCCUCGGGCCAAGUAUGUAACAGCAUGACAUAAUCU